UCAGUCCUUCGAACAAAUAUCUCAAGAGGUGACCGGUGGCGUUUGUCCUGCCCCGCCUUUCAAAAUAGCUAACCACGUUGUGCAAGUCGCGUCAGUUCCGUCCUUUUAAGCCCUCGCGAAGCUUCGUCGGCAGUUUCUCGCCUUUUUUUCUCUCGUUUUUCGAUUUUCAGAGGGAAAAAAGGCCGCCCGCGGAAAAAGGAGACAGUGCAUAAUCGCUAAUUAGUGUUUCGUCUCGUGAGCGUGAAUAUCCCCUCUAGUCAGUAUGAAGGCGGUUGAUCGCAGGAAUACCCCAAACUACAUGAUGGCCGGGAAACCACAAAAGCACCAGCACCAGGAUGCAGUUUCAAAUUUGGACCAUGUUAGCGCUCUUGACAUUGACUCCAUUCCAUUCUAUGUGCGGUUAUCUGGAAUCAUUUGCACCAUCGGGCCAGCAUCAGUUGCUCCUGAAACCUUAGUCCAGAUGAUCGACACUGGAAUGAAUGUUGCCCGUUUGAACUUCUCUCACGGUUCUCAUGAGUACCAUGCCACUACGAUCAAAAAUGUUCGUACAGCGGUGGAGAUGUACAGUAAGAAAACUGGUUUCCCUGUUCCGAUUGCGAUUGCAUUGGAUACCAAAGGCCCAGAAAUCAGGACUGGUCUGUUAGCAGGGGGUGGCUCUGCUGAAGUUGAGCUGAAGAGAGGGGGCAAAAUAAUCCUCACCACAGACCCAGCAUACUCAGAAAAAGGAAGUGCUGACAUCGUGUUUGUUGACUAUUCAAACAUAACCAAAGUUGUUAAGCAAGGAAAUCGUGUUUUUGUUGACGAUGGAUUGAUUUCUUUAAUUGUUAACAAAGUUUCUGCAACUGAAUUGGAGUGUACGAUUGAAAAUGGAGGAGCUCUUGGAAGCCGGAAGGGUGUCAACUUACCAGGUGUCCCUGUUGACCUGCCAGCGGUUUCAGAAAAAGACAAAUCUGACUUCGGUUUUGGAGUUGAACAAGGCGUUGACUUUAUCUUCGCCAGUUUUAUUAGAAAUGCUGCUGCUAUUCACGAAAUUCGAUCAAUCUUAGGUGAGAAAGGUAAGAACAUUCUGAUCAUUGCCAAAAUUGAAAAUCAUCAGGGAGUUCAGAACUUAGACGAAAUCAUUGAAGCCGCUGAUGGUAUCAUGGUUGCUCGAGGAGAUCUAGGUAUUGAAAUUCCCCCAGAAAAGGUCUUCCUCGCACAGAAAGCAAUGAUUGCACGCUGUAAUAAGGUUGGAAAGCCUGUCAUUUGCGCCACUCAAAUGUUAGAGUCCAUGGUGAAGAAACCCCGCCCAACUCGAGCUGAAACUUCAGAUGUAGCCAACGCCAUUCUCGAUGGUGCUGACUGUGUUAUGUUAUCCGGGGAAACGGCAAAGGGUGACUACCCACUCGAAUGUGUUCGUACAAUGGCCACCAUCUGUAAAGAAGCUGAGGCUGCUGUUUGGCAAAGACAACUCUUUGUAGAUCUUGUUAGUAAGACGGAACCUCCAAUUGAUGCAACUCACACUGUUGCGAUUGCUGCCGUUGAAGCGUCAGCCAAAUGUCUAGCUGCUGCAAUCGUUGUCAUCACAACAACUGGGCGAUCAGCUCAUCUUGUCUCAAAGUACCGGCCAAGGUGUCCCAUCAUUGCCGUCACCAGAUUCCCACAAACAGCCAGACAGUGCCACGUUUUCCGUGGUAUCCUACCUGUCAUCUACGAAGCUCCGCAAGACUCCGACUGGAUCAAAGAUAUGGAUCUGCGUGUACAGCACGGUCUGAAGUUCGGACAGAUGCGCGGUUUCAUCAAGGCAGGCGACCCUGUCGUUCUGGUCACCGGCUGGAAGUCCGGCGCCGGCUACACCAACACGCUCCGUAUUGUGAGUGCCUAAGGCUGCUUGUCCUUUAGCCACAGCAAGAGAAGAAAAAAGAAAAAAAGAUUUUGAGGUUCAAAGUAGUUGUUAAAAGGAUUAGUUAUCAGUAUUACAGAUUGUUUACACGCGUGUCAUCAUGUCGUCAAAGAGCUAUUCAAUCCAAGCGAACCUAUCCGUAUCUAUUGCAAUUGCACAGGUAGUCGCACCAUUUGAGACUUGUACACUCCUGUAUCUUUGUUGAUCGGGUGAUCAAAAUUUUUGUACAUUUGAUUACCUCUUUUUAGGUUUUUAUAAGGCUCUGAACCUAAUUUUUCCAAUCUCAAAUGUUUAUUUGUUAAUUUAUUCCUGUUCCCUGAUUGGAUUCUCAAAGAAUCCAAAAUUUAUACCUAUCUUAAAGAUAUUUAGCGUUACAUUUUUCAAUAUUUAUUUUAGUAUGUUUUUGAAGAAAGUUUGUAAUCUGUUUUCUUUUUCAUUUAAAAUUGGUAUCAAACGUGCAAAUUCUUUUUUUUUUUUUUGAAAAGUCCAAAGCUUUUAUUGGUUAAUAUUUUUUAGAAUCCUUUUAUUACUCAUCGCCCAAUCUUUGCAUAAUAUUUUCAUCACCUGUUUUAAAGCAUUUUCUGCCUUCGGUAGAAGACUUCACAAAGUAAUUUCUCUCAUUAUUUUGUUGUUCAGUUUUUAAAUAUUUAUGACAGUAUGCCUCCCCUCUCUUUCAACGAUCAAAUCAGUCUAAAUCGGAAUCUCCAGAACCGCAAAGGUUAAGAAAUAAAAUAAUUCGCAUCACCAACACUACUGGAAUCUUUAAAUUAUGACUAUGAGAUUCCAAUUUUUGAGUUGUAUUUUUAAUGGAAGGAUGUAAAGUUAAUGUGUGAUAUUAAAAUUAUUGUACCUCUGAAAAUGAUAGUGAUAUUGCAAUUAAAUAUAGCUUUAACUUCAAAAUGUAAAA